AUGGAUGGAUUGACCGUUUUUGAAAAGGGUCCGAUUCACGACGAAAGUGAUAUCCACAUUUGCGAUUCUGAUACCGCCGUGUCUUCAGGGACCAAAGAGGUUGACAACACCGAAGCUGAAAGUUGUAGCACCGGAACUUCAAUUUCUGAAGUACAGACACUUCGAGUCGACGAAGAUGAAGAGGGGCUGCCAGCGGAAUUGGACGCUGAGAGUUUGCAGAUUGGGAGAAAGGCGCCAUAUUUGAAAAGUUACGACCCUCUUAAUUUCCCCGAAGACGAGCCUGUUGUUAAGUCCGAAGAGUUCGUGCAAUUCGCGGCAAAGAUGAAGUUCUUUGGGAUGGAGAAGUCUUCGGAGGAAUUGAGGAUCUCGGAAUAUUUUCAUGACAAUUUAGGAGACGUUGAUGAGGAGAGGUCAUUUUUCAAAGACGCGGAGAGUCUGGACAAAGUAUUUGAAGAUGAAAUUCAUUGGAACUUCCCAGAGGAGAUGAGAGCUCUCAGUAUAAACUGUGAAGCUAACGAAGAAAGCCUUAGAGAGGAUUUGUCAUUCUUUGAAAACUUCGGGAAAUUAGAGCAAGAGGAGAAUGAAGUAACUUCAAUCGAAGCAGACAAGCAAGAAAUUGCAGACGAAGAAAGGGAAUUGCCAUUAAACGAUGCAGACCGUUUAGAGAAUAAAAAAGAAGACACGGAAGAAGAAUUAAAGCAGACGAAAGUCUUUCCUAUCUAUUGUGAAAUCAAUGAAGAUAUUGAUGGAAACAAACGCGAAGACGAUUGGAAGAUAGUUUUGCAGAACAUGAGAACCCUGGAAGACGUAGGGGAAGAAAUUCAAAGGAGAAAAAGGGAAGGAAGAUGCGAAGACAUCGAGCAGGAAUUACGGAAUAUCGAAAAAGAGAUAAGCAAAAGAGACGACGAGCAAGAUACGCUGAAAGAGGAACUUGAAGAACUAUCUAAACUGGCGGAAGAGCAGGGCGAAGAAUCGGAGAUGAAAGUUCAGGAAAAGCUUAAGAUAAUCGCAGAUGGAAAGGAGAGAAUAGAAAGAGAAAAGAAGGAAGCUCUAGAGGAUCUUGAAUUGAAGUUCGCGGAAGUCGAGGAAAUGAUGGCUCGACAGAAAAAAGAAGAAGAUGUCUCCUCAAUGAGAAAUUCGGUAGAGGAAGAAGAAAUAAAAUCCGACAAUUUGAAUAUCGAAGAAAUUGAAGAUGCACACGUAGAGUUUCCUCGGACGAAAACGGAAAUCACGGAGGAAUUUCGCCGGAAAGCGAAGAAAUCGGAUAAUCAUCAGGAUGAGAAAAAAGACGAAGAAAUGAAUUUGCGUCUUCAGGGAAAAGAAAUCAAUUUCUCCGUAAGUAACAGCGUGAAUAUCGACAUCUUCCCAGAUAAUUACAGAAUCCCGGAAAUGAAAGAAGAAGUCGAUGCAGAAGAUGAGAAGACGGGAGAAAAAAAUUCGGCAAAAUUUGAAGAGCGAGUACCCGAAGAAACGGAAAAUCACGACGGGGAAGACGUGGACACUGAUCUCAAUGACCUUUUUUCGGAAAAUAAAUCGAAGGAAGAAGAAAGAGUCUACGUAGAUGACAAGGUCUAUGAAUUCGACGAGAAGAAACAUGGCGUCAGGAUGACGGAAAAGUUUAUAAAAAAGCAUUGUAAGGAACAGAAACUCUACCAAACCCCAAGAUUAAACGAUGUCCUGUAUCUCCAUUACAAGGGCUUCUCUUAUAUCGAAAAUUUGAAAGAAUACACGGGAUUAAAAUGCCUCUGGCUCGAGAACAACGGGAUCCUAGAAAUCGCAAAUUUGGGAAACCAAACCGACUUGAGAUGUCUCUUUUUGCACAGCAAUCUGAUAAGUAAAAUCGAAAAUCUCGAGUGCCUCGCGAAAUUGGACAGUCUGAAUCUUUCUCACAACAUGAUAAGAAAAAUCGAAAAUUUAGACAGUUUGAAGGAGCUGAAAACAUUGAACUUAUCUCACAAUUAUCUUCAAAAUUCUAACGACUUGGAACAUCUAAGGACACUUGAUAACCUCUCCAUUUUGGAUCUUUCACAUAAUCGAAUCGACACAUUCGAUGUUGUAGAAAUUUUGGGAGACAUGAAGUCUUUGCGUGUUGUCGUCUUAACAGGAAAUCCUGUCCUGAAGAACAUAAAAAUGUAUCGCAAGACGAUGACCUUGAAAUGCAAGAAUCUGCAAUAUUUGGACGAAAGACCAAUUUUUCCACGCGACAGAGCUUGUGCCGAGGCUUGGUUCCGAGGCGGUCCAGAUGAAGAACUCGCAGAAAGGCAAAAAUGGAUUCAAGCGGAGCAGAAGAAAAUCAACGACAGCGUAAUGGCCAUCAUAAAUAAGAGGAAGAAGGUCGAACAGGCGCAAAUUUCGCAAAAGGAAGGAAGUAGUACCGAAUACAAAAAUGAAGCUGAAGAGAUUAUCACUACAUCUUCGGAGUUGUUAAGCUUGGAGAAGAAGAAAUCCGCAGUCUCUUCGUCUAGUUCCUCGGAAGAGGAAAAUAGUGAAGAUGAGAAAGACAGCUUCGAUAAAAAUAACAGUGAAGACGACUUUAAGAAAGAGGCGACAAAGGACAGCGAUGAAAUACUACUUCCUUGGAAAACUCAAAAUCGAAAAAUAAACGAACCGACGCGUUUAGUAGAAGAAAUCUCGAUCUCCGAAGGCUAUCAUGUCGGUGACGCCAAAAGGAAAGGAUUAGGAAGACGAAUUCUAGAAAGUCGUCAAAGUGAAGACGAUCUUCCAGGAGAUUGCAUAGUAAACAGGGAAUUAGCAGAUUACGAGAAAUUAGUGUCGACAUAUAAAGAAGAAAUUGAAUCUCCGAAAUCUGCGAAACAUGCCAAAGAAGAUGAAGUGUCAGUUUUAGCGACAGAGAAGUGUUGCUUCACCGAAUUAUUCGACAUCGAAGAAUGCACCAAGGAUGUUCACAACGAAGAAAAGGAGAAACUGGACAAAUUAAUGAUGGAGAAUCGUCGAAUCGAAGAUUACUCCGCGGAAGAUUACGAGAAGCUAAUCAAGGCUUAUCAGUGCGAGAGAAUUUUAUCGCCGAGACCUUGGAAAAAUGUCGAGGACAGUGAAGAAACAAGUGGUGCAGUUCUUGAAGUUGCAGGAAAGUGUAAUUUCUUGGGAGACACUGCAGAUCUGUCCGAGUAUGUAAAGCCAUGUAAAAGAAAUGAAGAAAUUUCCGAGGCAAGAGAAACGAGCGAGGAACUCGCUAAUGAAGAUAUGAAACAUCCGGUGAGCUCUCAGCUUAGUAAAAUUCGCAAGGAAAUGAAGACAUUUUGUGCGGACAUGGAUAAAUUCGUGGAGGAGAACAAUAUCACUUACAAACAUGGAAAAGUGGACAGAUUUUGGGGCGCUAAAGACCAAGCGAAGGAGAAUUCAAAAACUGAUCUGUCCGAGUCAGAGGGUGGAUCAAAUGUCGAUUGCGCGAUGAUCCCUCUUUCGGAAAAGGAUAAUUCGACAGAAGAAAAGGAAGAAGUCCCGGCUCUCGAUUCGACGCCGUUUAAUGAAAGGCGUGCCGAAAAUUUCCCAACUUUAGUGGAAGAGGUACAAGAAGAACCGACUAAAACAUCCCCAGAUCCUGAGGAGGAUGAACUUUUAGAUACCGAACCGAUCUGCGAAUUCUUCAAGAUUUUCGAAGGCAUAAACAACCAGUCAGAAAGUCCCGAAAGAGUUUUGGCCUCGAAGAAAUCGUCUUCUAGUCCUGAUAUCGAGGGUCUGAUAAAAACUAUGGACUCUUUAUGUCUUGACAAGAGUGAAGAAACAUCACCGAAACAAGCCGGCAAGCGACUGCGAGAAGAAGACAUAUCAGAGAUCAGUCGGAAAAAGUCCUUGAUGGAGGAAAUCAAUGUCGAAGAGAAGACUCCAAGUCCGAGAACGAUCAGCCAGGUUUCGGAACGUUCUCGCCUUCACUCGAUUCGUCAAACGAAAAAAAUGUCAAAAAAUUCCCCCUUAAUCGACAGCCUUAAAGCUACUGCGAGUAUGCGUCCAAAGUCGGAUGCCAAGACGCUGGCGAGCCUUCUAAAAAACACGGACGUCACGGAGAUUACGAUAAAAGGGAUGAACUUCAAGGAGUUCCUCGACUACGUGGACGAGAAGGAGAAUCGGAAGAAGCUUCCGAUCGACCCUGAGUACUUGAAGUAUGAAGUGAGGAAGGACGCGUCACCAAGGGAAACCGAGGAAACAACGUCAAAAGUAGAUGAUAAACAUCUAAUAGAGGAGAUUCCGAUCGGUUCAGGAGGAGAUAAAGUAGACAAACCAGCGGAAGUUAUACUCGUCCAUCAAGAAGAAAUGGACGAAGCCCUGAAGGCGCGAAUCACGAGGAACAUUAACAAGCCGAAGAGUAUGGAAGAAAUGGAGCGAGGAAGAAAGUCGGCGAAAGGGUUGAUGGAAGUCUCGAGAAAGGCCAUGGCCGAAGGAAGACUUCCAGAUAAUCACUCCGAGGAAACGGAGAUUAUGCCCAUGACGAAAUUAUUCGGGAGUCAAGGCGGGAAGAAGAAGAGUGCCGAAGAAGUGAAGAACGUCAGGAAGGACAACGACAAUGAAGAACAAACGGCUAUUCGGAAAGUCACGAAGACUUUGGAAAUGCAAAUGGCUCAAGGAAACUGA